CCAAAGAUACAGAUAGUUAAACCCGCUUUUCCCGGAACUCCAGAAAGAGUUGUCUACAAGCAGCCGACUGCUGAUCAGCUCUCGCACGUCCCCAAUGCUGGUACCAUGGAUUCAUCUGGGUUUGCCGCGGCCACUACGCCUGCUCGAGGCGUCUGGCUAAACCUCAGCCUUCCUUUAAUUAGUGAAUUCGUUCCAUCACCGACACUUCCUGACAAUCUCACGACUUCGUCUCUCUUUCUAACAGAUUAUGCCGACUCAUACCCCAUUGAUUCGACCUUACCCCCAGAUAACAAAAAUAUGGUCAGUGCUAGGCUUCGACGCCUAAUCCGCAUUCCAGUGCAAACUUCGCUUCUCCACCUCGAAGCACAUGGCUCUCUUUGUCUGGAUAAUCUAUCAUUUCAACCACAAGUCUUGGAGGGCUCGCCUACUGGCCCAACAUCAGCCGGAAUUUUCAGCUGUCCUCGCCAAUUGGUUUGGAUAGUCCCAAAUCAAAGUACUUCCUCAGCAAAGCUGAGAGUUUUGAAUUACGAUAAUGACGGUUACCCUGUUGAUCCCUUCUUGGAGCCUGACAACAGGCAAUCAACCUCAACCUCUACUCCUUUUACUUUCACUAGGUAG